AUGUCUUCAAUAAACAUGAAUGUAGUGGAGAUUGAAAAUGCUCAAAAUUUAAAAAACGAAUUAUUAGACGAUUCACAAUUUGAAACAAACGUGAACUAUUUUGAAAAUAGGAGAAACAUGAGCAUUUACAAAGGCAAAAGGUUCAAGAAAAGAUAUAAUGCUGUAAGUAACAAAAUAGAAAGCUCUAACAACGCUGAAAAAAUUUUAUCCAACCAUAAAAUAAAUGUUUCUCCAACAAAUUUAGAUGAACACCUCUCCAUAAAUACGUCAGUCUGGUCCUCCGAGUCUAUCGAUCAUAUCAAUUUCAACGACGAUUCUGAUUCAUCAUUCAUUUCUAUCUACCCAAUUUAUUUCAACGAUUGCUCGGCGAGACCUCUAGCAUUUGAAGACACCAUGAACACCAGACCCACAAAUAUCCAUGAAGAUGAAGAAUCACUCAUCUACUGCAUUUCGCAUCACAACAACUGUCCUGCACACAGUGCGCAAAGUCGACGAUGUUGCAUUAAAGACAAUUCAGACCACGAAGCGCUUCCAGAUAUUGAAAGAACCAAUAGGUCUGUUGAACCUUUUACCGCCAAAAACCAAUCAUCGACUGAGCCUGUGUUUCGUCUGAAACCUCUCUGCAUGAAAAUAGCUAUCCCACUUAAGAAAAAUCAAAGGAAUUGA